CUCCUGCAAAGACCACCAACCAUUUUUGACAUUUUUGGGCGAUUUCUAAUAAGUCUGAACUUCUGCUAGGACUGCAGACCAUUGUUUUAAAGAAAUUUCAGCGAGUUCUAAUGCAUUUGAACUUCUCCUGCGAUGUCUACCAACCAUUUUUGACAUUUUGGCCAUUUCUAAUAAGUUUGAACUUCUCCUGCAUGGACUACAAACCCAUUUUUGACCUUUUAAGCAAGCUCUAAUGCAUUCAAACUUAUUUUCCGAAGACUACAACCCAUUUUUAACCAGAAGUUGGGACAAAAUCGAAUACAUUUGAACUAAUUCUACAAGAACUACAAACUAUUUUAGAAAUUUCACCUAGAUCUAAUAGACUUGAACUUCUCUGAGAACUACAGAGUUUUUUUUUACCAGAAAUGGAAACCGCGAAACCUUUGGGAAUGUUUAACGACAAUGUUUCGAUUCUAGAUCUGGACAGCGCCGUGAUAAACAACGUCUACAUUCGGGAGGACUCCGAUGUUUUCAGCGUCACCGUGGCCGUCUUGUACCUGGCCGUGUGCAUCGUGGGAUUGGCCGGGAACUCGCUGGUCAUCGUCACCGUUCUGAAACUGGACAAAAUGUCUUCGGCGACCACCGUCUACAUUUUCAACUUGGCUUUGGCGGACGGCCUCUUCAUGGUGGGACUCCCGUUCAUCGCCAUCCAAAACUUCCAGGACCAGUGGAUCUUCGGAGAAGCCGUCUGUAAGCUGGUUAUGGUUCUGGAUGGCAUCAAUCAGUUCACAAGCGUGUUCUGCUUAACGGUGAUGAGCGUUGAUCGUUAUAUGGCUCUUGUAGACCCGGUGCGCUUCGCUCGUUGGCGGACGCCUCGACGGGCGAAGAUCAUCGCCACAUUCAUGUGGUUCAUCUCUCUGUUUCCAGUGCUCCCGAUGGCUAUACAGUUUUCCGCCAGCUAUGGUUUGUGCACCAUUGACCCUCAUAUUGCAUCUGACUCCUGGUGGUUGGCCUUUCUUAGCUACACAUUCGUACUGGGCUUCGCCUUGCCGUUUACCGUAAUGAUCGUGUUUUACACGGCACUUCUAGUGACUCUGAGAAACGCCAGAGAGCAAACGCCUUCACUGGAAAGUCACAGGUUUGAGACACAGGUUACUAAGAUGGUAGUGGCGGUUGUUUUGGUGUUUGGCAUCUGCUGGAUGCCGUUCUACGUCUUCAACUUUUGCUCUCUGCACCGAAUUGACCUGGUGCUUGAUUUCACGCGUGGCUUUGAGUUUGUGGUGCUGCUGUCGUACUCGUGGAGCUGCGCCAAUCCAAUACUGUACGCAUGUCUGUCGGAAACCUUUCGAAGGCAUUUCCACGCCCUCCUCUGUCCUCACAAGAGCUCUCGGACUCACUUUGACAGAGACACCGAGGGCUUUGUCUUGCAUGACACCAAUGCACAAAGCAUGCAAGCUUAGUACAUCUCUGUGUAUAUCUAAAUAUUUAGAAGGGUUCGUGUUCGUGCAAUGCAUUCCCACACUGUAAACAAUCAAUCUUUGCUUGCCACAUUUUUCGAGUACACUUCAAAUUAUGAGUCUCUGA